AUGACAACUGAGACUGCUGGGAUAUAUUUUGUAACAACUACAGAAUUUUCGACGAUAACUGAAAUGCUAAUCACAGCCAAAUUACCAAUCACUACAGAAAUCCCGCCAGCGACAGAAAUGACAACAGAAUUGCCAGUCACAGGAAUACCAAACACAACAGAAAUAUUAACCACAACAGAAAUGCCAACCACAACACAAAUACCAAUCACAUCAAUACCAACCACGACGGUAAUACCAACUACAACAGAAAUACCAACCACAACACAAAUACCAACUACAAUGAAAAUAACCGCAACAGAUGUACCAACCACAACAAACUUGCCAACCACGACAGAAAAGUACCAACACAACAGAAGUAUCAACCACAACAGAAGACCAACCACAACAGAAAUAACAACCACAACAGAAGUACAACACAACAGAAGUAUCAACCACAACAGAAAAGUACCACCACAACAGAAAUACAACCACAACAGAAAUGCCAACCACAACAGAAAUACAACCACAACAGACGUACCAACCACAACAGAAUACCAACCACACAGAAACGUACCAACCACAACAGAAUUACCAACCACAACAGAUGUACCAACCACAACAAACUUGCCAACCACGACAGAAAUACCAACCACAACAUAA